UCAUCACUCAUCUCUCAAAUCACAAUGAAAUUCAGUUCACUUUCCAAUGUUGUUAUACUAAAAUGAAUUAACAAAGAAAGAAAAUAUUGCAAGUUUUUCAACAAUGAAUUGGACUACCAUGAGAACUUACUUGAACAGCAAUGCAACUUUAAAAGUCCUUGGCAAACUUCUUCUUGGCCAACUAGUUUCUUCUGCAGUUGCACUCAUGAGCAUCACUACUUCUCUCAUUGCCAAAUUUGGUGUUGAUACACCUUUAACUCAGAGCCUUUUUACAUAUGGAUCUUUAGCUUUGGUUUAUGGGAGCAUAUUGCUUUAUAGGCAUCAAAAACCUCUAGUUUCUUGGUAUUGGUAUUUUUUAUUAGGUUUUGCUGAUGCUCAAGGGUGUUACUUGGUUAUCAAAGCAUAUCAGUACAGUUCAAUUACAAGUGUAACAUUAUUGGACUGUUGGACAGUGCCUUGGGUGAUUCUACUCACAUGGAUCGUUCUUGGCACAAGAUAUUCACUAUGGCAGUUAUUUGGUGGAACAUUGUGUGUGCUUGGUCUCUCUUUAGUCUUACUUUCUGACACACGGGAUGGUGGUGAUGGAGGUGGAUCAAAAAUUAUCUUGGGUGAUGUUCUUGUUAUUGUAGGGACAGUUUUCUAUGCAAUAAGCAAUGUUGGUGAGGAGUUUUGUGUCAAGAAAAAAGAUCGUGUUGAAGUAGUUGCAAUGAUCGGUGUUUAUGGAUUUCUAGUUACCGCCGUUGAAGUGUAUCCAUCUUAUUGUUCUAAUUUGGUUUUUCAAUGGAAACCUAAUACUACAAAUUUAAAUUGUUUUUUUUGUCUUAUAAUUUGGUUUAGUUUCUUAACUUCGUUAUUUGAUAGAUCUGUUUUAGAAUUGAAGACUUUGGAAUCAAUCAAAUGGUCUGCAGAUAUUGUACUUGCUUUUGCUGGCUAUGGUGUGUCAAGCUUCGUGUUUUACUCACUUGCUCCUUUUGUUCUUAAGUUGAGUGGAUCAACAAUGUUUAAUCUUUCUCUUCUAACAGCUGAUAUGUGGGCAGUGGUUUUCAGAGUUUUCUUUUAUCACCAGAAGGUGGAUUGGUUGUACUUUCUGUCUUUUGCAGUUGUUGGUAUUGGUCUAACAAUUUAUUCUACGACAGAGAAAAAAUCUGUUCAUGCUGCAGCUACUACUAUUGAGGAAGAUGAGAAUCUGAACACAGAAUACCAAAUACUUAAUGGUGAAAAUGAAAGUCAAAGCAUAUCAACUUGAUCAAACCAAUGAUUCUUUUUGUUUCAUUAGGGACAUCUCAGUCUUCCUUGAGCUAGAUACUUUUGUGCUUGUAUUUCUACUUGAUUAGAAAAAUAAGUUUAGGCCAAAAAUAUUUUUUUACAAUUUUUUUUAAGAUAAAGAGGUAUGGGAAUUGCUCUUUCCAUUUUUAGGGGUUCGUCCC